CACGAGCGCGCGCUUCUCUGCUGACUCGCGAGCGCUCGGUUUAGUGUCAAACACGUUCACGCGCUACCGGAGUCGGUUUCCGUCUCCUGUGUGACGAAACACAAGGCUGAGCUCACAGAACUGGAUUAAUCGUUUAUUAUUAACACUAUGUUUUGUGGUUAUUAGACUACAUCAACUUCAUUUUACGCGGACCUUCAGCAAGUUCCAGGAUACAAAAUGAUAUUUACUACUUUCUUAUAUAAACAGGACGGGUGGAGUUGCGUCUCUUGCUUGUGAUGUCUGAGCCGUCGGAAUAAGAAAACCCAGACUAUAUAGAGUGCAUCUGUUAAAGGAAUUAACAGCUAACGUGAUGCUUGGAAAGCAAAGACAUGCAGCCUGUUGUGGAGAACAUGUUGUUACGCCUAUCUGAAGUGAGACUAUAAAUCAUCAGGUUUGGACAGCAGCCAUGGGUAAAGAGCAGGACCUCCUGCUGGCUGUGAAGAACGGAGAUGUUCUCGCUGCUCAAAAACUUCUCGCCAAGAUCAAGGCCAACCGAAACAAGUUACUCAGCUCAACCAAGAAACUGAACAUCAACUACCAGGACACGGACGGGUUUUCGGCUCUGCACCACGCGGCUCUCACAGGCACCACAGACCUGCUGUCUCUGCUUCUGGACGCCCAGGCUACAGUGGACAUCAAGGACCGCAAUGGGAUGCGACCGCUCCACUACGCUUCCUGGCAGGGAAAGGCUGAUUCUGUGCUGAUGCUGCUGAGAGCUGGAGCGUCUGUUAACGGAGCGUCACAAGACGGACAAAUUCCUCUGCACCUGGCUGCUCAGUACGGACACUACGAAGUGUCCGAGAUGCUUCUCCAGCACCAGUCCAACGCCUGUAUGGUCAACAAGGCCAAGAAGACCCCACUGGACCUGGCCUGUGAGUUCGGCAGGCUAAAGGUGGUGCAGCUCCUGUUGAACAGUAACAUGGUGGUGGCUCUUCUGGAGGGCAACGGGAGAGACAACACCCCCCUGCACCUCGCUGCCCGCAACGGCCACAAAGACAUCAUCAGGCUGCUCUUGAAAGCGGGAAUCGAUAUCAACAGAACCACAAAGGCUGGAACGGCGCUUCACGAGGCGGCGCUCUACGGCAAAACCGACAUCGUCAAGCUGCUACUGGAUGCUGGGAUUGACGUGAACAUCAGGAACACGUAUAACCAAACGUCCCUGGACAUCGUGAACCAGUUCACCACGUCGCACGCCAGCAAAGACAUCAAACAACUGCUCCGAGAAGCCUCGGGAGCAAUGCAGGUCAGAGCACUGAAAGACUACUGGAACCUCCACGACCCUACAGCUCUGAACAUACGGGCCGGAGACGUCAUCAUGGUUUUGGAGCAGCACGUAGACGGACGUUGGAAAGGACACAUCCAUGACAGUCAGAGAGGCAUGGACCGGGUGGGAUACUUCCCUCCGUCCAUCGUGGAGGUCAUAAACCGGAGAUCAGGGGGCUUUCUCUCUCGCCAGGCCUCACUGCCCAACCAAAGACAUCAUACUCUAACAAGAGCUCCGCCCCCCUGUGGCCCGAGCUCCGCCUCCCACACCGAUGACUCGUACACCCUGUAUUCACCCACUCAUCCCAACUCACCACGCCAAAAUGGCCUGAACCUGCAUCCAGGAGACAGAAGCAGUGUUGGGAGUGCAGGCAGUGUCGGAAGCAGCCGUAGCGCUGGCAGCGGACAGAGCACUGAGGGCAACGUUACCCACAAUGCACAGUAUCACCCCAUCACCACUGCACAGGACGUCAACAAGGUCUCGCCCUCUGGUGGUGAAGUGUUAGAACAGCAGGGCCUGCCUUCUGACAUCAUCAACCCUGAGCUUGCAGGUCGCAGGCCGGACCAGAACAGCUCAAGAGCUGGUGACCAAGCUGUCAGGCCACAUGUUAUCCAUCCAGAGCUGGAGGGCAGGGAUGCUGAGGCCAUCUACCAGUGGCUGUGUGAGUUUCAUCUGGAACAGUACACUACAAACUUCCUCACUGCUGGUUAUGAUGUGCCUACCAUUAGCAGAAUGACUCCCGAGGAUCUCACAGCUAUUGGUGUGACUAAGCCAGGUCAUCGCAAGAAGAUCUCCACUGAGAUCAGCAAGCUGAACAUCCCAGAGUGGCUUCCAGACUACAUUCCAGCUGACAUUGGUGAAUGGCUUAAUACCAUUGGACUUGUUCAGUACCAGAAAAGGCUAGCAGAGAAUGGCUACGACUCUAUUCACAUUGUGCGAGACAUUACCUGGGAGGAUCUGCAGGAAAUUGGCAUCAAUAAGCUCGGCCACCAGAAGAAGUUGAUGCUUGCAGUAAAGAAACUUUGUGAUGUGCAUAAGGCUUUGAGGAACCAAGCAGAGGGCAAUGGGACCUUGCAGAGAAAGAGACACCCUCCCACCCUGGAGCUGGUAGCUAUAGAGUCGACCGACAGUGCCGAUGACACUUCCGCACCACUUACUCCAAAGAUGCUCACCUUCCAGGAUAGCGAGCUAAGCACUGAGCUGCAGAAUGCUAUGAUUCAGAGUGGCUAUGGUGGCUGUCAGGAAGGGUUUGGUGCCAUGCUUAGUGGAACAACGUCUGUGUCUCUGAGUCAAGAGAGUAUUAGUAUGCGUUCACGGGGGACCGGGAACUCACAGGAAUGGCCUUUGACUUCUGUUACUCCCCACAGCCACUCAAAUGAGAGUUUGGGCAGCUUAGACUGUAGUGCCAUCAAGGAUUGCCCAGUUCUGCCGGCCAAGAUCGCACCACCAUUACCUCUAAAGAAGCAGCAGUCUACACGUGGCAGCCCACCGAUAGCACCAAUCAAGACAACUCGAUUAGCCUACCCUGCUGCCCAGUCUAGCCCUGGAAUCUCCACAAAACCGGAUGGUUCCCCCAUCCAGAGAGGAUUUAACUACCUGCAAAAAAAUUCAGAUCAGUUAGGCACUGCUCAAUCCAGACCCAUUGGUGAGAAUUGCCAGCCAAAGAAGCGCACACAAAGCCUGUCACGAUAUGCCCUCUCUGAUGGUGAAGAAGAAGAAAAUGAAGCACCAGUAUUACCACCAAACCUGAUCUCAUAUGCUACACUCACACGUAAACCUGGUCGUGGUCAAACAGGUGCUGCUUCAAGUGACCGGCAGGUGGGUCGGACUCAAUCGUUUGUGAUACGUGCCAAAAGAAAAGGGCCACCUCCACCUCCUCCUAAGCGCCUGAGCUCUGCCUCCAGUGGAGGAAAUAGUGGUGGGGUGGAAAUUGAGAGUGCUGGGAGUGUUCAAAUGAUUGCAGCCAGGCUGGAAAAGAGUGGACAAAGCCCCAGUAAGACCCCAAGCAGCCCCUCAUUUAAAUCUCCCUCACUGGUCACCCAAUCUAAAACUAUAAGCAUUCAAAGAGAGGCAACCAGUGAGAGAGCUCUCUGUCAAACUGUUCAGACAGAGGUUAGUAGAUUAAAACCCGAGGAGCAAGACCUGAAGCUUCAUUCAAGCCAAGAGCAUACACCACCUGUUUCCCUUCAAGGAAAUUUGUGUGAAAGCAUUCCAUUUGCUCAAGAGGGCAAAGGGACCAUAAAGCAGAGGCCAAGAAUCGAAGUGACUAAAAUGGACACUGAAGCCAGCUUCCAACCACUGAAACCUGCUCAGCUGCCUAAACCAUCCUUAAAAUUACCAGAGUUCAAUCUUAAAGAGUCAGACACUGUCAAGAGGAGGCAUAAACCCAGAGAAAAGGAACUGCAGUUCACCAGUCAGGACACACUCCUGGGAAGGGAGAGUUCCCCAGAGCCUGAGAAGAUCUCCUUCUGCAUGCCAAAUGGUGGACUAAUAGGGAAUCUGUCUACACAGAAACCUCUAACACCCUGUAAACCAACACGGCAAUCUGCUGCAACACCAUUGGCUGUUGGUGGACAUCCUCAUGUUGUGCCAGCCAGGAUGGGGCAGGACAUUGCCUUUGGUGGCUCUCCAAUACGAAGAGAGUUUCCAAGUAUCAGUGGACCCCAGGACCAAAAACCAGAUCAGUUUGUUCACAAACGAAUAGAGCAGACCAGUACUUCUCUGGAGGCAGCCCUUGAGGUGGUUGAGAGAAAUUUAGCUCAGACGGAUCAGACUGACGGUGUUUACACAGUGAGAUCAGCAGGGAACAUUCUGGAUGACAUCGGGAACAUGUUUGAUGAUCUUGCCUACCAGCUGGAUGCCAUGUUGGAUUGACCCAAAUUUUUGUAUUGUACCGUUUGUAUACCAUCUUCGGAGUGGACAGAGAGUGUUCUGGCACGCUGUAAGAUGUACUGCCAGAUUUUGAUAAAAUCUUCAGGUCCUGUCAGUUACUGCUUCUGAGUGAUGCUUUCCUUCUGCAUGGUCAAUACAUCACUGGAUUGAAGAUUGCAUGCAGCCAGAGGAAAGAAGGAGAAGUAAGAAUGAGACGAGAGGCAAACUAUUUCGCUCAGUUGCCAGCCUCGGACAAGGUGUGGUCGUUUUGCUUCUGCCAGGACUUGAUAGCACUUACUGUUUACUGUGUCCCAGAUUUUUAAGGAAAAGCUUUUCGUUUCCUGUUGCACACAGAGAUAAAAUCUAGCGUCUCAUCUCUGCUUUGUUCAGGCUCAAAAAGUAACGCAUCGCAUCAUAAACUGUAUAACAGCACGAUAGAUACUAAUUAUAUGUUUGUUUGCCGGACGAUCAUCUUUGAUGAAGGUUACCAAUAAGUCCGUGUUUCAUGCAAAAAACGUCUAAUUUACUCAAAUUUUCUAAGUAGCUUUUUGUUUAUCUUGUUUAAUGGUAAUACUGUCUCACACACAGCUAUGUGACUUUCAUUGUUAUGUUGUAAACUUGUAUGUUGUAGCAACUCUAACAAAUGGCUAAAAUCUAAUAACAGCCUAGAAAAAUGCUAUAAUAUACACCAUGAUGUAAAGACACCAAAAACUACCAUCAUUUCAGGAGUAGCACGUCUAUCAUAAAAAACACUAAAACGAAUCAUCAUAACUGCACCUAGAAAUGGGCAAAUAAAUGUAAUGGAAAAAAAAAUUUGCCUUGAAAAAGUGCGAUGGUGCAAAAUAAAUAUGUCAGUUUGCUGUACCUGUUUGAGGGAUAUAAUUCUAUUUUUUUAAAAGAUAUCUAGUACCAAAGCUGAGGAUCUGCUAACGUGUGAGUAACGUGAUCCGUAUCGGUAAUCACUGAGAUUUUAAAUAGCACAUAAACACUAUGGACCAAAUUUGUCAGCGACUGACUGCAGAAUUGGGACCAAUGCUAGAUUUGCACAACCGUUAGUACCCCUUAAUAUGAAACCUGCAUUCCGAUGCAUUUAUAACACAUAGCAAACAUGAUAUCUUACAGUGCCAGCAACUGAUUGAUAAAUAUUCUUUGAUGAAAACAUAACACGCGUUACUACACCCUUUUUUCACACAUCAUAACGUAUUAUGUAUGCUUUAAUACAUAUGGCAUUUUAUAAAUGUGUUUAUAAUGCGAAAUGAAUACAUGAUUCAUCGUAAGUGUUACCCGACUAUCUAUAUAGAAAUUUUAUUGUAAAUACAAACAGAAUAUAAUAAACAACCAGCACAUUCAUAUGACCCACAGACUCCCAGCAUGAGUUGUUAAUAGUGUUAAUAAUGAACAGUCCUAGUUUUUUUUAUAGCAAGAGAACGUAUCGUAGCAUCAAAUGCAUGUAUAGUGUUUCUGUUUGAAACGUCACUGUAAUUGCUGAUAAAUAGGGAAAUUUCAGUUCUUUGAAUCUUAAUAAGAUGUCACCUUGGGCCAUAUUCAGAGUUGAUCUAAGCAUGGAUUUAAUAUUUAAUCAAUUAAAACACGUGCUGGAUCAAUCGCUAACGUUUUACAACAAACUGCUGAAUAACGAGAGAGAAAGUUAUUUCAUUAUUUUAAAUAUUAGAUUAAACCCAAAUUUUAAUAAAAUAAAAAGCAAUAUAAUAGACACACUGUGUUUAUUGCAUUAUUAUAUGCCUGUUUUUAUUAUUAUUUAUAUAUUAUAAUAAUAUUAUUUAUCAUUUUUCGUUAAUAAAUUGUCUUUUUGCUUUUCGAUUGUUUGAAACAGCAAUUUCUUUCUUAAGUCAGUAUUUUCUAGCCCUAUUUUCCCUUCUAAAUGCCAUACAGUACAAGGACCCUGUCAUGGGAACUUAAGGAAGUUCUGGCUAAAAUAGUUGAUGUAAAUAAAUGCGGUGCCCAGAUAAUCAACUUUAGCAGGUGCGUGACCCGAAAAACAGGAAUGUUUCAGCCACAGACUCUGAAUCCGGCCCAUAAUUAUGUAAUCCUAACCACAGAACCACUUUUCCUCAAAACGACGUACUAAACGCGGUUUAACCAGAAAGAGGAAGAGCUAUAGCAUUACUCUCUCUUCCAUGCAUUACUGUUGAAUUUCAACACACUAAAAUAAUUAUUAAUCAAAUAUAAAUAUAGAUUUUAUUUUGCUACUCUUGUUGUCUUUGCACUGUACAUCUACUGUAUGCACUACUGUAUUUAUUCUAUAUUUUAUUUUAGAUAAUUGUAUACUCUGCAUGUACAGUACAACAGCUGACUGAAAAGAAAAAAAAAAAGAUUUGUUAUAUUUGUGUAACGAUUUAUUCAUGUUAACGUCCUCGUCCCUGCUGAGUCAAGUGUAGAUCUGAUUGCAAGAGGAAUAAUCUUCUCUAAACUUGCAUGUUUUUAUGUAGAAGAAUGUCAGUGGCUAUAAAGUCUAUAUCAUUUCUAUGCUUAAUCAGAUUUGUUUAAGCAGGCAUUCAGUUGAUGUUUCAGCAUACAGAUAGUGUAUAAAUACGGUUUGCAACUGAUGGUCAAUUUCAGAAUUAUUGGCACCCAUCAGUUCUUAUGAGAAUGAUUUUAUUUUUUAUUUUUUGGAUGAAAAUGAAAUACUUUCUGCAUUUAUUUGAGUAUAUAUAUAUUUGAGUAAAUAUUAUGGUUUAUUAGAUUUAAUCACUUUUUGGCAGUUCUCUCAAAAGGUGCCAAUAAUUCAAGAGCUGAUUACUGUAGUGUUCAUAUGAAUAUGGUUGUAUCAGUUCUAAGGCAAACACAGUAUUGGCAAUGUGUGUGCUUGUGCAUCAAGUAGAGACCGUAAAACUGACUGCUGUUUGAGGAGGAAAGCAGCUCAAAACAGAAAAAAAGAAAGAAUGAAAAAUUUUGUUUGUAAUAGAAUUUAUUUGUAAAUAAAGCAUGACGUGCUAAACUAACAUUUAUGCCAAGGUCAGAUUUGUAUUCUUGUAUAAAUCAGUGAUGUCAAAUUUGCAGCUUAUGAUGAAGGAUUUUAUCCACCAAAAAUUGAUCGAAACAUUAGGCUUGGGGAAAAAAACGCUAGUCUCUGUUAUUCCACUAGCGGGCAAUGUAGAGCAAUAAAAUCGUUCCCGUAAACUAAGCUACUAACAAAAUGAUGUCAUUGUUCAUUACCAUGUAAAUAAAUAUUUUUAUAAAA